CAGAGGAGAGAGAAAGUGCCUCCUCUCGCCAUUGCGAUUAACUGUCUCGGUGUUGAAUCGAUGUCGGUGUACAUGCUGCUCUAACAGGAGGCUUUAGGAGUGGCGGAGAAGCGUGGGAUUUAACUUCACACACGGACAAACCUAUGCUUGGAUUUCGGCUCUUUUUCCCUUCGCCAAUGCCAAAGGAAAUAUGCAGCGAAGCUUCACCAUUCUCUACACCAGUUUACUGGGGAUGUGCUUGGGAUCAAGCUCAAGUUUUCCAAGUAACAUCAAUAUAGGAGGAUUGUUCCCAAUCGAAUCGCACGAAUAUGAGGUAUUUCGUUUCGCCCUCUCUCACCACCAGGAUAUCCCCAAACUGGUGCCGCAGGUGGAUAUGGUCAAGAUGGGGAAUAGCUUCUCCAUGACAUAUGCCUUUUGUUCCCAGUUCUCCAAAGGUGUGUAUGCCAUCAUCGGCCUGUAUGACAGGAAGACAGUCAACAUGCUCAUGUCCUUCUGCGGGGCGCUGCAUGUCUGCUUCGUCACGCCGUCCUUCCCCAUCGAGACGGCCAACCAGUUUGUCAUCCAGCUGAGGCCCGAGCUCCAGGACGCUCUGGUGGGAGUGAUCGACCACUACGGAUGGACCAAGUUUGUCUACAUGUACAGUUCGGACUCAGGCCUGUCAGUGCUGCAGAAGGUUUUGGACACAGCAGCGGAGAGGAACUGGCUUGUGACCUCUGUCAAUGUUGAGACCAUGACAGAGGCCUCCUUCUUGAAAGUGUUUCAGGAUUUGGACAAGAGGAAGGAAGGCCAAAUUAUCAUCGAUUGUGAGACCGAGAGGCUCACUGGCAUCCUCAAAAAGAUUGUUGAACAAGGCAAGAAUGCAAAGAGCUACCACUACAUCCUGGCUAACCUGGGUUUCCUGGACAUCAACCUGACAGACCUGAGGAAGGGUGGAGCGAACAUCACCGGCUUCCAGCUCGUCAACAACUCUGAGCCCGGCGUCAGCCGUGUCGUCCAGCAGUGGAUGGAGUUUGACAACAAAGACUCCAAAGUGCCCAAGAGUGGACUCAAAUACACAGGCGCUCUAACAUAUGACGGGGUGAAGGUCAUGUCCACGGCCUUCCAGAACUUAAGGAGACAGAGGAUAGACAUCUCUCGAAGGGGCAACGCUGGAGAGUGUCUUGCCAACCCACCAGCUCCCUGGGGACAGGGCAUAGACAUCCAGAGAGCCUUGCAGCAGGUCCGUAUAGAUGGAUUGACUGGUCACAUUCAGUUCAAUGAGAAAGGCCGCAGAACCAACUACACUGUUAGCAUCAUGGAACUGGCCCCCUCUGGACCAAAGAAGGUUGGCUACUGGAACGAGGAUGAAAAGUAUGUGACUACCGCCAGCUUCGUGAGAGGCAGCAACGAGACUUACGGCCUGCAGAACAGGACUUACAUAGUCACCACUAUCUUGGAGUCUCCGUAUGUAAUGCUAAAGAAGAACCACGAGCAGCUUGCGGGAAAUGACAAGUAUGAGGGCUACAUUGUUGAGCUGGCGGCAGAGAUAGCCAAACAUGUGGGCUACCAGUACAAACUGAAGGUGGUUUCAGAUGGCAAAUAUGGAGCCAGAGAUCCUGAAAUCAAGAUGUGGAACGGCAUGGUGGGAGAACUGGUGUACGGGAAAGCUGAUGUGGCUGUGGCUCCUCUGACCAUCACCCUGGUACGUGAAGAAGUGAUCGACUUCUCCAAGCCCUUCAUGUCCCUGGGUAUCUCCAUUAUGAUCAAGAAACCCACCAAAUCCAAACCUGGCGUGUUUUCAUUCCUGGACCCUCUGGCUUACGAGAUCUGGAUGUGCAUUGUGUUUGCCUACAUUGGCGUCAGCGUUGUCCUGUUCCUUGUCAGUCGAUUCAGCCCGUAUGAGUGGCACGCCGAGGACUACGAGGAUGGUGGUGAGCCGCAGUCUCCCACCCAAGCAUCAGCCUCCAACGGGGUGCAGCAGGCCCAGGCACCAACGCAGCAGAACACCAACCAGCAGAGUCCUGAGCAGACCAAUGAGUUCGGCAUUUUCAACUCUCUUUGGUUCUCACUGGGGGCCUUCAUGCAGCAGGGCUGCGAUAUCUCACCACGCUCUCUGUCUGGCCGCAUUGUUGGGGGCGUCUGGUGGUUCUUCACCCUCAUCAUCAUCUCAUCAUAUACUGCCAACUUGGCUGCCUUCCUGACAGUGGAGAGGAUGGUGUCUCCUAUUGAGAGUGCUGAGGACUUGGCCAAGCAGACGGAGAUCGCCUAUGGAACACUGGAUGCCGGCUCCACCAAAGAAUUCUUCAGGAGGUCGAAGAUUGCCGUGUUUGAGAAGAUGUGGUCGUACAUGAAGGCGGCCGACCCGUCCGUGUUUGUCAAGACGACAGAUGAGGGCGUGAUGAGAGUCAGGAAGUCUAAGGGCAAGUAUGCCUACCUGUUGGAGUCCACAAUGAACGAGUACAUAGAGCAGAGGAAACCGUGCGAUACUAUGAAGGUGGGAGGAAACCUUGACUCUAAAGGUUAUGGCAUCGCCACACCCAAGGGCUCCCCUCUCAGAAACCCAGUAAACCUGGCAGUGUUAAAACUGAACGAGCAGGGCCUCUUGGACAAAUUGAAAAACAAGUGGUGGUACGACAAGGGAGAGUGCGGCAGCGGGGGCGGGGACUCCAAGGACAAGACGAGCGCUCUAAGCCUCAGCAAUGUGGCAGGAGUCUUCUACAUCCUGAUCGGCGGCCUGGGCCUGGCCAUGCUGGUGGCGUUGGUGGAGUUCUGCUACAAGUCCAGGACCGAGUCGCGCCGAAUGAAGCAAUCCAUCAACGACGCCAUGCGCUGCUCCACCCUGACCAGGAUGAGUGGCAACGGGAGUGGCGGCGAGAACGGACGAAUUCUCACCCACGAUUUCCCCAAGACCGUUCAGACGCUGCCCUGUAUGAGCCACACCGCCAGCAUGGGACUGGGUGCCUCCGGCAUGUGAUCCUCACAUGACUGUGCUGGCGGCGAGGAAUAGGCAGGGUGGGGCAGAAGAAGAACACAAGACUCUAAAUGAGCUCAAAAAUCAUGGCCGUCUGGUUUGACCCAUCUAUCCUCCUGGCUGUUGCCGCGCCCGACUUAACCUACUGCCAAAAUGCACUCUCGAACCGCUCAUUACAAACUACGAUCAGAGACUCGCCACAUUUUUUUUAAUAAGUGGAUGUUUGAAAAAGAGAUAAGGAGAAAAAAAUAAGGGAAAUGUGCUGCAAUAAAGAAGUCGUCAACGGGGCGUGUUUUUUGAAUUUUUUACAGUGUUCAUUUGUGUGAGGAAAAAAGAACUUUAUUCUUUAGUGUGACGCCUGCGCUGUGCCAUUUCAAUGGAGAUGUUGACGUUAGUCUGCGUGUGCAAUAUCUUCAUCUCCACUGCUGACCUUGUGCUACCUAGAUGCUUUCUGAUGGCUGAUGGAACGUGUCUUUGCACAGACGUGGCAGAGGAGGACAAACUCUUGUGACUGCCGCGAUGAUUUGAUAUUGUUUUUGGGACAUUCCCGCCGCUCUCUUUCCCUCCCACAUUUACACGCCAUUUUGGAAGAACAAAGUGCUUUGUGUAGCAUAGCCAGUUUUUAUGAUAUAGUACAGGGUUUACACUGUUGUAAUAGCACAAAGAGCUUUGUCACAAGUUUGACUUCUCCUCGACUGAAGAUUAGCGCUGUUUAAAUCAGCGUUUGACCAGGAUACGACAAACAUGCAUUGCUGCUACACCUCAUUUAACACAUCAUGCCUUGUCUUUGUGCCAUAUGACCAUCCUCACAAAUGCACACAUAUACACUAAACACUUGUUGCUGCCGGGUCAUUUGUUUGACUGACAGAUAGGUAGAGUUUAACUAUUUAAAGACGACAAUAACGUUCAGAGGGCAGAUUCAGAAAUGCUCACUAUGACCUGAUAAAGGUUAUAAAAUAGAGAAAACACACUGACACAUUACGCUGUGGCUAUGUACAGUACUGAGUGACCUUACACUGUAUUCUACUGUUGUGACAUUCAUAGCAUAUCCAUUGAUAUACUGGGGAGUCUAUUUGCAGCACACGUUGAAGAACAAAGAUUGGCAGAUUCAGAUAUCUGUUGUUGCAAACUAUUGUUGCAGCUGCACAUUUCACUCCACUCCUGUGAUGUAUUUUCAGCUAUAUUCAGUUAUAAUGAUAUGGGCAGCGCAGCUUUUCGCUCUCAAUUUAUCCCCUGCAGAUCAUGCGUGGCCUAUAAAAGGAAAGUUGGCCUCCUCUAGCUAAUUCAGGAAGGAGGCAGGUUUGAAACAUGUGGUGUGACUGACAGGUUCACAGUCACCUUUAUUCGUGUUUGUUGGAAGUCAAGGUUGCGGUGGUCCCCGCGCUGCUCGGCUGUAGAGUUCUCCCUUUUCAGAUCGUGUCAAGUUAACAGAAAUCAGAGUGGCAGGCUCCAAACAGCCGAGGGCAGAGAUGACAAAGGGCAGACUGCCUGGGUUCAGCAUGUAGGCCUUAAACAAAAGUUCCACCUGAAAACACAACAUUACUAUUGGUGAUGUACUUUGCAUUCCUUGGCCCGUUUUGUCAGUUAGUGCUGUAUUUUAUAUUCCCAUCAGUGGCAGAAAACAGACUUUAGAUCAUGUUGUGCGGACAAUUCAAAAGGACAGAAAAAGAAUGAGGCUGGCAUGAUUAUAUAUUUUUCUUAUUGGCAACAAAUCCCUUGAAAGGACACGACAACAAUACGUUGGAUGUCAUCUAUUUCUGUCAAGCAAGGAGGAUUUAGCAUUAUUUGACACAAAAUGCGAUGACAGUUGUUGGGUUGUUUGCCGUCAAUCAAAGCGGAUCAAACCGCACCCACGCAAUCCUGAUAAGCUGAUUAGUUUUUUGAGUGUUAAAUUCUUAACGAACAUUUUCUGGACUUCAACAGUGACUGCAUUUCUUAAUGAAUAUGCAAUGUUUUGAGGGGAUUUAAUACUUUCUUAUCUGCCUACCCUGUCUGUAACACUCUAAGUCCAUUGAUUCCUACAGAAGGCGUACAUACUAAAAACAGCACAUAAAUCUCGAAAUAUGCUCAUUAUUUUUAUAAAUUGACUGGGCACUGUAGUUUUUCGCAAAUGUUAGUCAAACAGGAGUAAAUAGAGCAUUUGUUAGGGACUAUUUUCAGCAGCGGAUUAAUACACAUUUGGUGCGCUAGUGACUAUAUACUGUAUAUGUAUAUACGUAGCAGCCUGGGGUGUGGGAUUUACUCAAAAUUAACUAUAGUGCCCAUUUUCAUAAGGUUAUGAAGGAAAAUGUCAGUGCAGCCAUGUGGCUCAAUGAUAUGUGUUGAAUAAUCAUUGAUAGCAAAGGAUUAACUACACAGACAGUUUGUAAGAUCAAUUCAUUGAUGGUUUCAGUCUUUCCAUGGGAAAAAUAUUGAAUGUUGCCAGCCUUAUCCUUUAAACCCAACAAUCUUACAGGUGAAAACUGUCCAAACUGAAAGGAAACUAAUAACAGUUGAUUACAAAGCAUCACAGCUUGAGGCUCUGUAAAGGGUACGUUCUGUACCUUCUUCCAACACAAGCAUCUUUUUCCUCUGACCAAUUACUUUCCACCGACACAAAUAUUCCACUGCAGAGCUCAUUUCAGCUUCACGGUUGAUGAGGAAUAAUGUAGAAUAUAGGAAAUAAUGAAACUGCAGUAAUUCAUCACAACAUAAGUCCUGCAAUGCACUGAACAUCAUCAACACCACCACACAUGGUCGAUAUCUAUGAGUCCAACAGUGUCCGAAGGUUUGACUUUACUUUAAGGUGAUUUUGCCAGAGGUCAGUUUGAGAUUAUGUACCACACUUUAACUGACCUCUGGUUUCACAGCAGAGGCCAAGCGCCUGUACAAAGGCAGCACUUCCCCCCCCCCCUCCCCACCUGCUUCCACUGCUGGUCGAGUCUCUGCUUCAAAAAAAAAUAAUAUGGUACCAAAUCUAAUGUAUGACCUCUCUUUCUCUAAAUUGUCAUACAAGCAAGAAAAAUGGGCAGUCAGAGUUUACUGAAAUCAUACAUAUCUCCACCUAUUAUGUAUAUAAAAGGCUUUUCUCUUCCCCCCAGUGAAAAUGUUUGUUCUGCUCCCAAUCAUGCCUCAGUGUACCUGAAUUAGUUACCUACCGCGUGAGUACUUUUCCUUUCUCCCCUUAUAUUUGAGUCUUCUUUUGCUGAUGUUGUAUUAAUUAGAACACGGCACAGCUCUCUCCAGUGGAGGCUUUACCUUCAGACAGAUGUUUUAUAUGCCAUAACAGAUUUGUAAAAAAAAAAAGAAAAAGAAGAAAAAGAAGACACUUAAUGUUUGUAUCAUAAAGGAGAGUCGGGGUGCCGGGAAAGUGUUAUACACUUUGAAGGGUGUAAAAAAUGAAACACACUGAUGUUGAAUAAUCUGUAGACGCUAAUGUUGUUUUAAGCCAGUUUUGAGUUCAUUCCAUUUUAUUUUGUUGCAAUUUCAAAAAGGAUUUCCUGUCGGUGUUUUUUAAGUGCUUGAAAUUUAACACCAUUUGAAUAUUCUUUGUCGUUUUCCUUUUUCACAGUAUUUUACAACUGGAAUCUAAUCACUGGAGUUUGUUUACCAGAAACAUUAUUGUUGUUUUUUAAACUAUGGAAAGGGUGGUAAUGUUUUAAAAUGGAAACGUCGCUCAAUAAAUGGGUUCACAGUUUAAAAAAAAAAAAAAGUCAAAUAAUACAACUAUUAGGAAUCUUUUGAGAAAUAAACUUUUUUUUCUAACCAAAGUGUCCUGGAAGGAAGUCAUCAUGCUUUUGUAACUGAAUAAAGGAAUAAACUAUG